AUGCUAAAGGACGAGAACGUCUUUCGCUCUGAUUGGAGAUUAGCUAAAGUGGCAGAGACCUAUCCCUCUAGUGAUGGUCUUGUGAGAAAGGAUACAUUUGGUGCGAUGGGUUCAAAAAGAAUGGUGGUAGUGUUCUUUUUCUUAGUUGUAACGUGUCUUGUCACACUUGUAUUUUAUAACCAAGAAACGGUUGGGUAUUAUGACAGAAUCACGUCCUUUACUGUACCAGCUCGUAUUAUCGAUCCUAGUUCUACAUCGAUUAGAAACUUUGAAGAUCUUCGGUCGGAGAUCAAUAAGUGGCUGAAGCUUGAACAUAGUUUAGCUAUUUACAAAAGUGAGAAUAAAAUCGAGGAAAGGUGUUGCCCUCAAAGGCCGUGGAAUAGAAGCAAUGUAAUUGACAUGGAUCAAUAUGCACGUGAUUUCUACACAAUCGGGGUUCAGGACAGUUGUGCUCUCGUUGGUAGCAGCGGAAUUUUGUUAAAUAGCACUUGUGGUAAAGAAAUAGACAAGCACGACUUUGUUAUUCGAAUGAACCUUCCGCUAGUCAGAGGAUUUGAAAACGAUGUUGGACACAAGACAAAUCUUUCGGCUGUUAAUCAUUUCGUUAUUAAAUUUUUAGCAGAGUAUUUAAAAAACCCGAAAGGAAAUAAGGCAUAUGAAAGAUACUACAAUGAACUAAGGGAUGUUAAAAAUUCUUUGUUAUGGUUUGGAUAUGACCAAUCAUUGCGUAAGUCCGGAAUGAAUCAUGCUAAAAAGAGUCUGAAAUAUCUCCUGAUGAAAACAAAAGGUAAAGGUCAAGCAAAAUUGAAUUAUAAGCUGGCAUAUGCUGUUAAACCACUUUUUCCUGGCAUGUCAUCCAAGAUUUGGAAUAAGCCUGGUGCAAGUGAGGGAUUUAUAACGUUCACACUGGCAUGUCUUAUCUGCAAAAAUAUUGAUGUUUAUGGAUUUUGGCCUUAUACUGAAGACGUGAAUGGCAACCCUGUACAGCAUUACUAUUACUUGACAAUGAAAUACACGAAAACAAAACCACAAGCUAUUCAGUCACGCGAAAACCAGAUAUUGCACAACCUGCAUGGCCGGGGAUUUAUUGGUCUAACUACAGGAAAUUGCACAAGUUAA